AUGAUCAUUACAACAUGGAUUGUGUACAUCUUCGCCCGGAAAACUGUAGGGCUACCCUUCCCACCAAAGACAAACUCGGACAUUGAAGUUGUGGAAAGUGAAGCUGUAUCCAUAGUCCAGCAUUGGUUGAACAAAACGGAAGAAGAGGCUUCCCGGAGCAUAAAGGAGAAGAUGUCUACCAACAUCCCUCCCACUCAUGGACACGACAUACAUGUGACCAGAGAUGUGGUGAAGCAUCCUCUCUCCAAGUGUGAUAUGUUAUCAGACCCUAGUCAGGAAGUCCUGGAGGAGAGAACAAGGAUCCAGUUUAUAAGAUGGAGCCACACCCGCAUCUUCCAAGUACCAAGUGAAAUGAUAGAAGAUGUCAUGCAGGACCGAAUAGAUGAAGUGAGACGAAGCGUGUCUCACCUCAUGUGUGACUCAUAUAAUGACCCAAGCUUCAGAACUUCUUGCUCAGACUGCUAA